GCGGGGCGCGGGCGGCUCCGGCUCGGUUCUCCGUUCCCCGGGAUCGCGGCAGGAUCCGCGGCGGCGGCAGGAUGGCUGCUCGGCUGCCCGCGCUCCUGCCCCUGCUCCCGCUGCUGCUGCUGCCGGGCCGAGGGCCACCGGGGGCCCUGGGCAACCGGCACGCCGUGCACUGGAACAGCUCCAACCUGCACCUGCGGCGAGAGGGCUACACGGUGCAGGUGAACGUCAACGACUACCUGGACAUCUACUGCCCACACUACAAUGCCUCAGUGCCGGAGCACCGGCUGGAGCAGUACGUGCUCUACAUGGUGAACGCAGAGGGCUACCGCACCUGCAACACCAGCCAGGGCUUCAAGCGCUGGGAGUGCAACCGGCCCCACGCGCCCCACAGCCCCAUCAAGUUCUCGGAGAAGUUCCAGCGCUACAGCGCCUUCUCGCUGGGCUACGAAUUCCGCGCUGGGCAGGAGUACUACUACAUCUCCACGCCGACACACAACCACCGCCGGGCCUGCCUCAAGAUGAAGGUGUUCGUGUGCUGCACCUCCACAUCGCACUCCGGGGAGAAGCUGGUGCCCACCCUGCCCCAGUUCACCCUGCGGCCCGAGGUGAAGAUCGAGGACCUGGAAAACUUCAACCCAGAGAUGCCCAAGCUGGAGAAGAGCAUCAGUGGCACCAGCCCCAAGCGGGAACACUUGCCCUUGGCUGUGGCUGCAGCGCUCUUCCUCAUGACACUGCUGGCCUCCUAGCUCCUGGUGCCGGCGGGGGGACCCUCUGACCUGCCCCCCAACAUGAGAGCCGGCAGGGACCCACCAUGGGACCACCCAGCCCCUUCACAUCACCGCUCCCCUGCCCAGAGAGCCGCCUCAUCCUGGCUGGGACCCACUGAUGGCUGCAGCCACCUUUGCGGGGACGCGGCUCAGCUGACACCAUCCUGCCCGAGUCCCACCCUGGGGCUGGGGGGCAGCACUGGACUGGAGAGCCUGGUGAGGGCAGGGACCCCCCAGGGCCGGCAGCCUGUACAUACCCAUCUAGAGAUCUAUACAUACUGUACAGAGAGCGACUAUAUAGAAAUAUCUAUACUGUACCAUAGGCAGCGGCACCAGCCCCGGGCUGGCUUGUACAUAGUCAAACGUGUUGGAUUUUCCUCGUCUUCUGUGAAGACCCGACCUAUGCAAACGCACAGACACUUUUUGGGGAAAACAAAACAAAACAAAACAAAAAACAAACUCAACCUUUUUUUCAAGUGCUUUGGCUGGUGAUUUUCAUAUUCUGCUCUUAGUCUAUAAAAAAAAAACCAAAAAAAACAAUAAAAGGAUAA